AUGACUCACGGCGCUCGGUCGGACCAGUCUAUGUCCCAGUCGUCCCAGGGACAGACAAACGACCAGAGUAACGACUCUGCGAUGCAGCAGAUCGUCUCCGAGAGGAACUCGCUCCGCUCCCAGAACGAUCAGCUCUGGAAGAUCAUCGAGAAGCAGCGUGUCAUCAUCCAGAACCUGCAAAAGGAUGUUGCCAAGGUCACUGCCGAGCGUGAUCUCCUGCGCCAGGCAGAGAACAGCACACAUGAACAGGCACAAGCACAAACACAAGGGCAGGGUCAAGUGCAGGGGUUGGCAACGUCUACCCCAUUCCCGUCCUCUUCUCAAGAGCAAGUGCAGCCCUAUCACCACCACCAGCAACAGCAGCAUCAGCAGUCAAAUGGACACCCUAACGGCAGCUAUCCUCAGAUGAAUGGACACGGCCAUCAACAUUCUCAGCAGCAGCAACAAUACUACCAGAAUCAAGGUCAGAGCCAGUCUCAGCAGCAUCAACAGGGUCAUCAUCAGCAUUCGAAACACUCUCAGGAGAGACGAGAAGGCGAUCCUAAUCCAGAAUAUGCAAACGUGAAUGGCGAGCGGGAGUCCGAGCAGGUCUCAGCAUUCAACCCCAACGCCUCAUUCUCCUCGACCAACUCCUCAAACACCGAACACCGCCAACACCAUCAACACCAGCAUCAGCACCAGCACCAGCACCAGCAGCCGCACCAGCACCAACAUCGUAUCCACCAUCACGACCAACAAUCACCCAGACAACAUGGACAAUCGCACAGGGCACCUCACCCCACACUGCCCCCAACUCCGUCCUCGAACUCUGAAGGCGAAUAUGAGGGCCCCAAGGCCGAGCUUGGCCAAGAAGAACUCCAGGCUAACGUCAAUGGCCACGAAUAUGGCAAUGGACAUCAGUACGACCGAAAUCGCCCAACUCACCCAGUGGUGGAAGACGAACUCGGAUCGCGGGAGCCAUAUGACAUUCAGAUGCCCGCUGAGAUGGCAGGCGGCCGAGGACAGCAAUACGCUGCUCAGCAUGAUCCUCGCGCAUUCACUGGUCGUUCAGAGGCUAACCACUCUCAGGAUGGUUACGCAGGCAACCCUGGCGCACCCCGCAACAUCUCAGGAAGCAUUGUGGUUGCACCCCACUUGAUGCCUCAUUUACCGCCGAGAUCACCUCGGCGAGAGCGCAGAGACGACCAGAAUGAUGCCUCGGAUAACGAGGACGAGUAUUACCAGGCCCAGCAGGGAUCAAGACGCAAGGGCCCCUCAGGCCCUCUGUUGAGCCCCACCCGUGCACGAGGCGACUGUGGACCAGAUCAGCCCUCUCCGCUGUCGCCCUCCACGCAGCAGCAUCACGACCUGAGCGGACAGGAUCCUAGCGCCAUGCCCAUGUCCAAGGUUCCUAUGAAGCAACCUAGCGCGUAUGAAUCACCAGCCCCUGAUUUUGACCCAGCUCAGCAACAGACGAUGUAUUCUCCGUCCUCACCCGCACCCACAAAGCUGACCUUCCAAGGAGCACCCUUGGGCGGCCGCAAGGCCAUCUCCAACCAGAUCCCAAUGGCCCCCGCCAGUCUCUCCCCUCAGUCCCUGAACACGCAGGAUCUUGGUCCUUCUUCGCCGACAGGAAUGAACUCCCUGUCCACGCCUGCGUCACCGAUUGCCGCGAUUAUUGACCAAGACGCAGAGAAGUUCAGAGUGUUCAUGAACAAGAUGGGCUCGCCCAACCGCAAGAUGCCGCCAGGCCCCAUUAAUGCUACUACCGAUAGCCAAAGCCAUGCAGCAGCACUGGGUCAAGCUGUUGCAAUGGAAAACAUCCAACAACAGAUCGAGCUCCAAAACCAACUUAUGAAUCAAGCUCAGAGUCCAAGUGUGCAGACCAUGCACCAGGGCUACCCACCCGAACAAUGGAAUGGUGCCAAUCCCAGUACGGAUGCCCAUGUGAAGCCCGAUAUCAACUUCCCACCACCAUCCCAAGAGGAAAACUGGAUGGAGCAAUCCAGCAUGUCAAGCGGACAGCUUCCCUUGCUACCCGAGAACAGAGAAAGGAGACGCCAGUCUUCCCUGCCAACCCUCGAAGGACACCCCAAGAUCGGCGCUCGCACUACAUCCCAUAACCGCGACGAUGAUGAUGCAUCCAAGGAAUACCCCAUGCCACCCCCACCAAAGCGAUAUGACUCUCAGCCGAUGCUCGAGAGCUCGAACGCCACCAUGCGCUCAAACUCGCCCACCCCAUCUGGAAAUUCGUCCGUUACGAAUACUCUGGUUAACCCUCAGCCAUCACAGGGAUACGGACGAUCGGGACCCACAGUGCAUCAACAGGCAUUCCAUAUGUUCGGCGAUAACCUUGAGUUCGUCUCUGUGCUGGUUGUUGGCAGCAAUAUCAAGGUCAACGACAAGGGCAGGGAGCUUCUGACGUUCUUGAUCUCUAUCGGACAGGAGGUGCAAGGGCUAGCAGGAAUAAGCCCACACAAAGAGGCCGAUGAACUCUGGCGGGUGGAAAAGCAAUAUACCGACUUUGUCAAUCUGGAUUCCAAGCUGCGAAUUACUCAGUCCAGGAACGUUAUCAACAACCUGCCCAGACUCCCUGACAAGGGUCUUUUCAGUACAAAUGCGCCCUCGAAGGUUGAUGCCCGAAAGCUCGCAUUGGAGCAGUACUUGCAGCAGCUUAUUUCAUUACGCAUCAAGGAUACCCGCGAUCUCUGCGAGAUCUUGAGCACCAACAUUGUCGAGCGUGGCAACCGAAAGGAAGGCCAAGAGGGCUGGAAGGAGGGGUACCUGACCAAGCGUGGCAAGAACUUUGGUGGAUGGAAGACUCGCUACUUUGUCCUGAGGGGACCUGUUCUGGAAUAUUUUGACACCAAGGAUGGCCACCACCUUGGGUCCAUCGCCCUGCCAUUUGCUCAGAUUGGUCGUCAGCAAAGCCAAGAUAGUGUAGGCGACAACAAAGAAAACGCAACUGAUCCCAACUCUUAUCGACACGCUUUCCUUAUUCUCGAACCCAAGAAGGGCCAGACAGUCGCAGACGCCAAGCGUAACCCUAAUAACGUGAUGCGGCACGUUCUUUGCGCAGAAACGGAUGAGGAUAGAGACCAGUGGGUUGGUGCUCUGCUGCUCUAUGUUGGCAAGGAGCCAAUGGACCAGCAGCAACAGCAACAACCACAACAGGAGCUGAACGAGAAGGAGAAGCCCGGAAGGAGGUUGCCAGAAAUUCAGAAGGUGGCAGCCACGCCAAUCAAGGAGCUCGCUUCAGUUAAGGGCAAUGAGAAGUUGCUUUUGAACCAAGAGGCGUAUGAGAGACAGCAGCGGUCAGUGCCGCCUUCACCUUCGACUCAGCAGUUCCAACCUCAGGUCAGGAAUGGCCCAAUGCCUCAGUCGCCCAUAAUACCCGUUGGGGUCAGUAUAGAUGAUCGACUUUCUGCUGAGAGACAAUCUGCUGAGGGUCAGUAUGCCCCUAAUAACAGGAGUAACUACAACCAGUAUGGCGAGCAAGAGCAACAGCAGCCUCCUUGGAACCAACAGCAAGUGCCACCACAGUACAACAACCAACAGCAGCAGCAACAGCAAUAUCAGGCUCAGCAGCAGCAGCAGCAACAGCAACAGCAGUAUCUGCAGCAACAACAACAACAAUACUCGCCUCAGCAGCAGCAGCAGCAGCAGCAACAACAACAACAACAACAACAACAGCAACAAUUACCCCCACAGCAGGUACCUAGGAAUCAGUCCACGCACUCAUUGCUCCAAAGCCAAGAAGAGCCCACCCCUUCUCCACAGGCACCACCCCUUACCCCUGCAGAGGUAGCAGAAAAGAAGCAACGGUCCCGCAUGACCUUCCACUGGCCUAAGAAGGCCACCAAGGAAGAUUUAGCAGCUCAGGCGCCUGUGGCUUCGGCACAACAGGGCUCAAAGGAGUCGCAAGGAGGACCACCUACGAGCGGAAACCAGGAUUCAUCCCGACUGAGAAACUUCUUGGGCAAGAGCAGUAAUACCAAUAACAACCAGAACUCUAAUGGAAACAUGAGCGUACAACCAUCUGGACAGGGCGCAUACAAUUUGGCGCCCACGCGCCAGGUCUUUGGCGUCUCGUUAGAACAGGCGAUCGAUCAGGCUAGAGUACAGCCUGGCUAUGAGCUUCCUGCGGUCGUUUAUCGGUGUAUUGAGUACCUGAACGCACACAAGGCCAAGCUGGAAGAAGGUAUCUACCGACUGAACGGAUCCUCGGCUGUGAUCAAGAGCCUGAAGGACCGAUUCAAUCACGAGGGAGAUGUACCACUGCUGGCAAGCGAAGAGUACUAUGAUAUCCAUGCUGUUGCGGGCCUGUUGAAGCUGUUCCUCAGAGAUCUGCCGUCCUCUGUCCUCACACGGGAGUUACACAAAGACUUUCUUCAAGUGAUUGAACUGACUAACCGAGCAGACCGUGUUGAUGAAUUGACACGUCUUGUGGCCACUUUGCCGGAGGCGAACUACACGCUUCUGCGAGCACUCACGGCGCACUUGAUCGAGAUUGUCGAGAACGCGGACGUGAACAAGAUGACGGCACGUAAUGUCGGCAUUGUGUUCUCGCCGACGCUCGGCAUCCCAGCAGGCGUGUUUGCGCUGUUGAUGUCGGACUUUGAUCAGAUCUUCCAUACCAACGACGGACGGAUCAUGCCCCUCGAGAACAGUGAUCAGCAGCAGCAGCAUCGUGUGAACGUUGCGGACAUGAGCGCUACCUCUAUCUAG